AUGAAAAGGCACACAGAAGCUGGUUCGACCAUCCCUGCGGAGGCUGCUGAUGCUUCCGCCACCAUUAUCUCUGACUCAAGAGAUUUGAGCAAGCAGUACCACACUGCAACUUGGAUGGAUGCGUUGAGAGAAAGGUCUAAGCAAUUGGCUGAGGGCAAGACGAUAGAUUCAUUUUCUUACAUUGACCCGAAGACAACUGAGGUCGGAGAGAAGACCAGAGCCGACUCUUUCUCUUUUCUCGUGUUACCUUUCAAGGAUGACAAAUGGCUUUGUGAUACAUACAUUAAUGCUUUCGGCCGCUUACGAAUGGGUCAAUUGUUUCAGGAUUUGGAUGCUUUGGCAGGACGAAUCGCUUACAGGCAUUGUUCGCCAGCUGAGCCAGUCAAUGUCACCGCCUCCGUGGACAGAAUCUACAUGGUGAAGAAAGUUGAUGAAAUUCAAAAUUACAAUUUCGUUCUCGCCGGCAGUGUAACAUGGACUGGCAGAUCAUCGAUGGAGAUAACGGUAAAAGGGUAUUCUUUCGAUGGCUCGGUUCCGAAGGAUAUUGAUGCCAACACUUUGCCAGACGAAAACGUUUUCUUGACUGCAAAUUUCACAUUCGUGGCUAGAAACCCAAUGACACACAAGUCUUUUGCUAUUAACAGGUUGCUUCCAAUUACUGAAAAAGAAUGGUUGGAUUAUAGAAGAGCCGAAUCUUUUAAUGCUAGAAAGAAAGUGGCAGCUAAAAAUCAAGGAGUUAUUCAGCCAACUGAUGAAGAGAAUAGGCUUGUUCAUGAUAUGUGGAAUGCAUCCAAGCAAUUGACACCCGAGUUCACGAAGCAUGUACUGUUCAUGAAAGAUAGUACAAUUACGUCUACCUUGAUCAUGCAACCACAAUAUAGAAACAGACACUCUUACAUGAUUUUUGGCGGUUACUUGUUGAGACAAUCGUUUGAGUUGGCAUACUGCGGCGCCACGGCCUUCUCAAGCGCAAAUGCGAGGUUUGUCUCCUUAGAUUCGACUACCUUCAAGGCACCAGUGCCUGUCGGUUCGGUUCUUUCGAUGACUUCAACUGUUGUCUAUACCGAACACCUUCAUAAAAGGAGGGUUGAAAAAGGUAAGCAUUCUCCGCUUGACUUGCCAGCCACUAACCAGAUUUCUUCUAAUCCCGACGCAUUCUUAUCGGAACCCGGUACUUUGAUACAGGUGAAGGUCGACACCAAAAUCAGAGACUUGAGCUCCCCAGAUUUCACUGAGUCAGGCUGCUUCAUUUACUCUUUCUUUGUUCCCGUAAAGAGCUACAAAGCGGACGAACCAGGGUUCUCGUCAGUAAUCCCCCAAACCUACUCCGAGAUGAUGGAGUACCUCGAAGCAAGAAGGAGAGCGCAAGACACUGCGCAAUAUGUUUCUACUUUGCCUAGGCCCAAGCUUUAA